AUGGACCGCUGGGCAUCUCUCGCCCGUCCCCUGCCACCGGCAGACAUUCAAACCCGCGAUCUUCUCUUCCAGCUACUCGACUGCUGCCAGACAAAGGGAAGUCCACACGAGACGGUUUCCACCGUAAAGCACCCGGAAAACCCCAUUGUUCGUCUCUACGGUGUGACUGCAGAGGGAUACAGCGUCCUUGUUCAUUGCUACAACUAUGAACCGUAUCUGUGGAUUAAGGCUCCACAGAAUUGGUUACCUGUCUACUCACAGACACUUAUGAAUGAAUUGAACUCUAUGCUUGAUUCCCAAACACAUGUAUCAGGUACUGUAGUGCGUAUUGAGUUACACAAAAGACGGAGUAUUAUGUACUAUCAAAAUGACGGCAGCAGUGAUCAUCUUAAGAUUGUUGUACAACUCCCGCAACAUAUUCCGAAACUUAGAGGUCUACUCAGCGAUCGUGGUGUCAUGUGUGCUGGGGCAUGGGAAGGUAUCCGUGUCUUUCCAACCUUUGAGAGUAACGUUAUCUUUCCACUCCGUUUCCUCGUUGAUAAUGAUAUAGGUGGUUGUAAUUGGCUUACAGUACCUGCAGGGAAAUUCUUCCCUUCCACAGUACGCACCUCAACAUGUCAAAUUGAAGUUUGUUGCUCGCAUGAAGUAGUUCAAAAUCAUGAAGCAGUUGGACAGUUUUUGUCCAUUGCCCCAUUUCGUAUUCUUUCUAUUGAUAUUGAAUGUCAAGGCAGGAAAGGAUUUUUCCCAGAACCUGAAAAAGACCCUGUUAUUCAAAUAGCUAAUCAUUGUAUAAACUAUGGUAGUGAAUCAGAACCACUUACGCGAUCUAUAUUUACUUUAAAAAGUUGUGGAACUAUCGCUGGUGCUCAAGUUUACUCAUAUGAUACAGAAGAAGAAAUGCUUCUGGCUUGGGUACGUUUCGUUAAACUUAUUGAUCCUGAUAUUUUUACAGGAUAUAAUAUUUGUAAUUUUGACUUUCCAUAUCUUUUGAAUCGUGGAAUAGCGUUAAAGAUCAAUGAUGCUUUUCACUACUGGGGACGUCAAAUUAAUGAACGAACAGUGGCACGAGAUAAGAAAUUUAUGUCUAAACAAAUGGGAAACAGAGAGUAUACUGAAUUAGUAUUAGAAGGUCGUGUAAUUAUGGAUGUUAUGGUUGUCAUUCAACGUGAUUUUAAACUUCGAACCUAUUCUCUUAAUGCUGUAUCCCAGAAUUUCUUGGGAGAACAAAAAGAAGAUGUACAUCACUCUAUUAUUGCAGAUCUUCAACAAGGUACUCCAGAAACACGUCGUCGUUUGGCGGUGUAUUGUUUAAAAGAUGCGUUGCUACCAGUAAAACUAUUAGAACGACUUAUGAUAAUGGUAAAUAAUGUAGAGAUGGCACGUGUAACGGGUGUACCAAUUGGAUGGUUACUAGAACGUGGACAACAAAUUAAAGUUUUCUCCAUGCUUUUACGUAAAGGAAAGGCUAGAAACUUAGUCAUACCUACAGUAGAAUACUCUGGUGGACUUGAUCAACGAGGUUAUGAAGGUGCUACUGUUAUUGAACCUAUAAAAGGAUUUUAUAACUGUCCUAUUGCCACUCUUGACUUUGCAUCUCUAUAUCCUUCUAUUAUUAUUGCUCAUAAUUUGUGUUACUCAACACUACUGCGCCCAUCUGACAUUGCGAGAUGUCCUGAAGAUAUGUUAAGUCGUACUCCUACGGGUGAUACAUUUGUAAAAAAAGAAUUAUUCCCUGGUGUUUUACCUGAAGUAGUACAAGAUCUCCUUGCAGCUCGAAAGCAUGCAAAAACAUUAAUGAAAAAUACCCCUAUAGAAUCGGUGGAAUAUAAAGUUUUAAAUGGUCGUCAAUUAGCACUUAAAGUAAGUGCUAAUUCCGUUUAUGGUUUUACAGGUGCUCAAGUAGGGAAAUUACCUUGUUUAGAAGUUAGUUCUUCUGUUACGUCGUAUGGACGAGAAAUGAUUGAUAAAACUAAAUCUCUUGUGGAGUCUCUUUACAAUGGCGUAAAGGUGGUAUAUGGUGAUACCGAUUCUGUGAUGAUUAAGUGUGUAACGGAUGAGUCUAGCAGUGAUAAGGAAAGGUUAAAAGUUGCGAUGGAGUUUGGAAAGGAGGCAGCAGAAAAAGUAUCGAAUCACUUUCUUAAACCUAUUAAAUUGGAGUUUGAAAAGGUGUACUUUCCAUAUUUAUUAAUGAACAAGAAGAGGUAUGCAGGACUCCUCUGGACUAAUACAGAAAAAUAUGAUAAAUUGGAUGCAAAAGGCAUAGAAACCGUACGACGUGACAACUGUCCUCUUGUGGCCAGUAUUGUCUCUGGAGUUUUAAAUAGAAUAUUAAUUCAACGUUCAGUAGAAAGUGCAGUAGAGUAUGUAAAAGGAACCAUUCGUGAUCUUUUACUGAAUCGUCUGGAUAUUUCACAUCUCGUAAUUACCAAAGCAUUCUCUAAAGCAGAGGAUGAGUAUGCAGGGGGACAGGCUCAUAUUGCCCUCGUUGAACGUAUGCGAAAACGAGAUCCCGCAUCUGCUCCAAAUAUUGGGGAUCGUGUGGCUUAUGUUAUCAUACGAGCGGCGAAAGGCGCUAAAGCCUAUGAACGAAGUGAAGAUCCUAUUUACGUAUUAGAUAAUAAUAUUCCAAUCGAUACACAGUAUUAUCUAGAACAUCAACUUGCCCCGCCUAUUUUACGUGUUUUUGAAGGUGUUCUGGAUGAUCCAAGUGUUCUUAUAAAGGGUGAACACACACGGCAUAUAGCGGUAUCGGCACCAAGCAAAAAUGCAGGAGGUUUAAUGAGUUUCGUAAAGUUUCAACUUCAAUGUAUUUCAUGUCGAGCCGUUAUAAAGAGUGGAGCCCUCUGUGAAAAUUGUCAUCAUAAAGAACCAGAUAUUUAUGGAAAGAUUGUGGCAAAACGAAAUCACUACGAGGCAAUUUAUUCACAGGUAUGGACCCAAUGCCAACAAUGUCAAGGAUCCUUAAAUCAGGAGGUUAUCUGUACCAGCAAGGACUGCCCCGUAUUUUAUUUGAGAAAAAAAGUACAGAAGGAUGUCAGAGAACAACAAGAACUCCUGGAUCGAUUCGGUGUCGUGGAUGAUUGGUAA